CGAGGAAAGAAUAGAUACCUUCAAUAUAAAAACAAAUACACCACACGCCCUCUGAUCUAAAAACAAAAGACACCACACUUGUAACCGUAGGAAUGGAAAUCCACUCAUCCACCCGAUCUCCUUCAACAGACCAUAAUGACAUCAGACCAAAUGUAACAGACCAUGUUGAGAUCAAACCAAAUGGUUUACAUUUUAACGAGCCACCUCCCAUCAUGGAGUCACAGCGAGGAACCACCUUCCUUAGGGCUGUGCUCAAUGGCAUCAAUGCCUUAUCAGGUAUUGGAAUAAUCUCAAUUCCGUAUGCACUAUCAGAGGGAGGAUGGAUGAGUUUCAUACUUCUCAUACUAGUAGCAACGAUAUUUUGUCAUACAGCAAUACUAUUGAAAAGGUGCAUGGAUGCUGACCCAGAAAUCAAAACUUACACGGACAUUGGUGAGCGUGCACUCGGUCCUAAGGGAAAAGUUGCAGUAGCCAUCUUCACGAAUUUUGAAUUGUAUUUUGCGUGUGCUGUUUUCUUGAUACUUGAAGGUGAUAACUUAGCAAAGUUGUUUCCAAAGAUGGAUUUCAAAAUCAAGGGAUUGAAAAUUGGAGGGAGCCGAGGGUUUGUUAUACUAUCUUCCCUUAUAAUUAUACCUACCACAUGGUUAAGGAGCUUAAGCCUACUAGCUUACAUCUCUACUUGGGGAGUAUUGACUACUCUCAUUGUCGUGGCUUCUAUUUUUUGGGUUGGUGCAUUUGAUGGUGUCGGAUUUCAUGCAAGAGGGACCUUAUGUAAUUUCCAUGGAUUUCCUACUGCUAUGAGUUUAUUCAUCUUCAGUUACAGUUGCCAUCCUGUUUUCCCCACCAUGUACACUGGUAUGAAAGACAAAAGACAAUUCUCUAAAGUAAGUGAAAACAAAAAUGAUUAUCCUCUGCUUUUUUCUUUGUACCAUCAUUUACGGAACAAUGGGGAUUAUAGGCUACCUAAUGUAUGGACAUGCUGCGGAGUCUCAAAUCACAUUAAAUCUCCCAACAGAUAAGAUAGGCUCAAAGAUUGCAACAUACAUCACAUUGAUCACCCCUUUUGCUAAAUACGCUCUGAUAAUGACACCAGUAGCAAUGGCCAUUGAAAACAAGCUCCAU